GCCCCGGGAGGAGGCGCUGCCCGGGGCUCGGCCCCCGGGAGCCACGGCGAUGGCGGCCGGGCGGGAGCGGGCCGCCCGCCUGCUGCGGCGGCUGCAGCGGGCGGCAUGUCGGUGCCCGAGCCAUGGCCACACUUAUUCCCAAGUCCCUGAACAGCCUACCCUGGGAAAUACAGACUAUGCAUUUGAGAUGGCCGUUUCAAACAUCCGAUAUGGAGAAGGAGUUACUAAAGAGAUUGGCAUGGACCUGCAGAAUCUUGGUGCCAGAAGAGUUUGCUUGAUGACAGAUAAAAACCUCUCCCAACUCCCUCCUGUAAAUGCAGUAUUGAAUUCCUUGGCAAAAUAUGGUAUAAACUUUCAGAUGUAUGAUAACGUCCGGGUAGAGCCAACAGACCACAGUUUCCUAGAUGCCAUUAAGUUUGCUAAAAAGGGAGAGUUUGACGCCUAUGUUGCUGUUGGAGGUGGGUCUGUAAUAGACACCUGUAAAGCUGCCAACCUGUACGCAUCCAGCCCUACGUCAGAUUUCUUGGAUUAUGUCAAUGCUCCUAUUGGGAAAGGGAAGCCUGUCACCGUGCCCCUCAAGCCACUUAUUGCAGUUCCUACAACAGCUGGAACUGGAAGUGAAACCACUGGUGUUGCCAUUUUUGACUUCAAAGAACUAAAAGUAAAAACCGGUAUUGCUUCAAGAGCCAUUAAGCCAACAUUAGGCAUCAUUGAUCCUUUACACACGCUGUCUAUGCCUGAACGAAUAGUAGCCAACAGUGGCUUUGAUGUGCUUUGCCAUGCUCUAGAAUCGUACACUGCUCUUCCUUACAACAUGCGAAGUCCCUGCCCUUCAAAUCCAAUCAACCGACCAGCUUACCAAGGUAGCAACCCCAUCAGUGAUGUCUGGGCUCUUCAUGCUCUGCGCAUUGUGGCUAAAUAUUUGAAAAGAGCCAUCAGAAACCCUGAAGACCGUGAAGCAAGAGCCAGCAUGCACCUAGCAAGUGCUUUUGCUGGUAUUGGCUUUGGCAAUGCUGGUGUUCAUCUCUGCCAUGGAAUGUCUUACCCUAUUUCUGGUUUGGUGAAAACUUAUAAACCAAAGGAUUAUAAUGUGGAUCACUCUUUAGUGCCACAUGGCCUUUCUGUGGUGCUGACAUCCCCAGCAGUGUUUGCAUUCACGGCACAGAUUCGUCCUGAGCGGCACUUGGAAGCUGCAGAGAUACUAGGAGCUGACAUCCGCACUGCCAGAAUCAAAGAUGCGGGGUUUAUUUUGGCAGACACACUGCGGAAAUUCCUAUUUGAUCUGAAUGUUGAUGAUGGCUUAGCUGCAAUUGGUUAUUCUAAAGCAGACAUCCCUGCAUUAGUCAAAGGCACUCUGCCUCAGGAGAGAGUGACUAAACUAUCGCCACGUCCCCAGACAGAAGAAGACUUAUCUGCCCUCUUUGAGGCUUCCAUGAAACUUUAUUAGCUUAAACAUUUUGUUCUGAAAAGUGUGCUCUGUUCUAACACAAAGAUCUAUAUGAAGCAUUCAUAGGAGGAGCAACACCAGAGUUAAAGCACAGUGACACAGUCAACAGGAACCACAUAACAGCAAGACAUCAUUCAUCAUGGUCAUUUUGUCUCUCUGGAGGCAACAGCUCCCUUUUCCUGCUGCAUUCUGUGGAAAGAAGCUCUCAGCUGUAUCUUGCUUCUCUGUGAAGCAGAUGCUUCUGCUGAGCUCCUGCAGGUGCUGUCACUCGGAGUGCAGCCACCAGCUUAAGGAAGUGGCAGUGUGCUGUGGUUCAAUAUUAAAAAGUGGUGGUGUAGCAUAGGCUGCACAGGGCCCCACUGGGAGCACUGGUUAAAUGUGGGAAUGAGUGUGCAUGUUCAGAGCAGUUAACCAGCUGGUUGACUGUCAACUGAGAAAGGGAAGUGGGAAAGGGAGAAGUGAAACUAAAAUUUUAAUACUAUUUUUCUUUUUUUUUUCUUUUUUUUUUUUUAAAGUGCACAUGGUUGUGUGUACAGUUUGUUUAAAUCAGAUUCUGCUUCAUGUUGGACCCUUUCCGCAUCUGAUUCAUGCAGCUACCACAGCACAAGGCAAAUGUGAGAACCACCCCAUAACCACUGGUGUGCUUAUUUCUUUCUGCUAGGGAGGGAGCACUUCUUAGUCACCCUGCUCACGUAGAAGGCUCUAUGCUUACACCUUUGCAUUCUUGUGUUUGUCUGAUAAAGCUAGUGCUGUCCUAGAGUCUGAGGAUAGAUGCGCACCGGAUAUUGACAUUGGAUCUGGUUUAAUGCUAUUAAAAUAGGUGAAUGGAUACUGGUUGAAGACUGGAGAUUUUGCUUUUAGCCACAGAACAGGUUUAGUGGCCACAUGGAGUGCACUGCCAGUAUGUCUCACAUUCUGCUGGGGGACACGUUUGAGUUCCAUGUCCUUCUGAAUCUUGUCUUCUGCUGAAAGUGCCCACAAGAACCUGUGUCACGAAGGCUGAUGUAAUAGCAAGGGUCAAGGGAUUCACUUUAUUGUAUUGUGCAGAGCUGCCACGUUUGAAAAAACCCUUUUUGUCAAACCUUUUUGUAUAUGAUCUUUUGACCUGUUUCAACUUUCUACUCCUGUCUUUUUUCAGGCUGUGGUAGCAGGACAGAGUCCUGAAGAGAGAAUUUUUUUUUUCCAGGAGCCUAAUUCAUGGCAGCCACACUGUGUUUGGGGAGAAUAUACUUUCUGGGGAAGUGAACAGCAUGUGAACAGAUGAUACUGAAAUACAAAUAAUAUUGUACUUGCUAUAAACACAAGCUUGUUUGAAAGUGUUUGAGAGCAGUGUUUAACUCUGUCAUAUUAACUUCAGUUCUGUAAAGUAACUAUGAAUGAAAACCAUUCAGAGAAAGUAGGCUUUCACUAGCUUCACCAGACCAUGAUGAUUCCUCCUGCAAAGUCGUUUUCCUGGUGAGCUUGGCACUGUGCAGACAAAACCAUUGUAUCGUGUGUGACAACUGAGAGCAAUGGUAGAGGCAUUCCAGAAAUAAAAGCAUCCAAACUGCUGCACAAUACUUCUGUGAACAUUUAAGACAAUUUCCACACAUGUCACUCUGCAUAAUCAGUACAUAGUUAUAAGUAUUACUACAUAUUUAAUGGCAACACUAUCAAUCCUUGUAUGUCGUACUUGUUAGCAGUAGGGCUUGACUGAGUCCCUCCUCUUCCUUGUGGAGUCACAGACCUACUUUCCGCCUUAAACAGCUGUAACUAUAUAAAAGGAUUUGUCAGUCUUUAUAUAAAAAGAAGAAAAAAUGCCCAGUUUUUCUAGACUGUGCUUUUUGAACAGGUUUUAAGUAAGCAUAAAUGGCAUUAUUCAGUCACGACAGAAGAAUGGUUUGAAGAGGUUUUAGGGACUCCUACUAGAGUAAGAGUUACCACGUUCGUGAUUCUUGAUGUGGAUGCUGACCUGCUACUUCCCUCCCCUAGUCCUGUAUUCUCUGAGUUCUGCACAGGCAAAGACAAACCGAACCCUGGCCCAUCUGGUUACUCACUCAGUCCAGCUACAGUGAUAAGAUUAGCUCUGGGGAGCAAGUAUGAACAAGUGCACAUGUAGUAGCUGGUGAAAAUAGUUUACCAGCAGGUAUAGUUUUACCAGGAGUACAAAAUGGAGAGCCUACUCCCCUCACCAAGUAGUGGGAGCUCACAGGGUUGCUGCUUGGCAUCAAUAGAAACAAGGGCAGUUGGUACAAGUUUGUCUGGCCCCUCUUUUCCCUUGCCUCUUCCCAUUCCCAUGCUGAUUUUUCUAGAAGUUAAAGCAAAAAGAGAAUGAAGUGAAAAAUACGUAACCAACAUGCCUAAAUCUGCAAAAACUCUCACUGACAUCCUAUAUGAAUAAACUUGGACGAAACCACAGGUUAGGUUAGUGUGUAUGCUCAUUCCUUGUUGCACCGUCUUCACUUUAAGGCAAUGUGCUAAGGCUGUCAUCUUCUGUCUUGUGGUUGGCUUUCCAUCCCCUUGAGACCUGAAACGUGGAUGAGAAAGAGUGAUGGUCAAGGGUCACAGCCAAGCUAUGUCUAGGCACUUUCCAUAACCCCCAAGUGAAUCUCCUUCAGCAUCGCGGUGCGCCGGGGCAUGUGCAGCGUGCUGAGAGUUCAACAGCUCCAGCCUAAGAAAUCGUCACUGCAUUAAGUGUCUGCGCAGAAGGGGCAAGGGCAGCCUGAGGUGAUGCAGGAGGACGCCGAAAGGUAUGGUCUCCAUUUUCCCCCGAGACCAUCCCUGUGUGCUUCCUAAACAAAAAUGAACUUUAUUUAAAUUCGAACACCUGCUAGUGAAUACAGAAAGUGAGGUGACUGUUUUUCUGCUAUCUCCAGAGCUGUAGCUCACCCAGCAGUACACAGACUGCUCGUCUGCCGCAGUGUCAGCCUUGGGCAGUGAGAAGAGGGUCUUCCACGCCUACCCACCCCUGCUAAUCCUGCCUCAAAACCUGGUUCCAUUUUUGACCCAUCACCAGGCCACCUGCAGAAGAAGAGGUUCCUCUUUGAGCAACGGUGUGGCGGGACUGUCAGUGACUGAAUUUGCAGGUCUCAGCUCUUUGCAUAUGUGCUUUUUUCUACAGGCAGUUACCUUUGUUCUUACCUGCAAUGUAUACAUGAAAAAUCAUGCGGGCUCUGUUUGUUACAAAAUGUUUAGUGCGUAUUUUUCGUGUGUAGUUGUCCACAAGAAUAAGCAGAAGCUUCUACUGUUGCUCUGAAUUUUUCAGAGAAACCGAGACAAAAAAAAACCAAACCAAAACAACAACCAAAAAAACCAACGGGCUAUCAUUAGGAAGACUACAGUUUCCCUAGAUGCAACAUUUCUGAAUGCAGUUUUAUAUUUUGCUAGUUCUAGGCUCCCAUUAAAUAACCCACUAAAAUGCCAUUCAUUUUCUUUUUUUCCACAUUGUACUGAAGCAGCUGCCCCAAGUGAGUCGGUAGAAAAUGUUGUACAGCCAAAUAAUAAGAGGAAGAACCAUUUGAUACCGUGCAAUGGAAUGUUAAUCAGGGUCUUACGUUAACUACUUUACUGGUUAUAGGAGAGGGGGUGAUAAAAGUACUUUCAGUCUUUGGUUUCUUUUGAAAAAUUACAUGUACUUGGUUUUCAGAGAACUCCAACAAAUGGCAGCAGAUAUUUUCUUUAUUUCUCUGAACAAGGGAAUUAAGGGGGGGAAAAGCUAAGUGAAAGCAGAGGAAAUGUGACGUGUAUCCUUUGAAGAGCCGUGUUCAUUCACGUCCCAGUGUAGAGCCACAGAGCUUGGUUCUGCAGCCAUGUACACUGGCAGCACGUACGCCACCAACGCUGACUGAGAGGCAACAGAAUGAUGGCUGUAUACCCACACAGAGCUGCCGUUAAAUGUUUAAUUUCAUCUAAUACUACCGUAUCAUGAAAUAUAGAUAUCAUAGCACAAACUGGUUUAUUGAUGUGGAGCUUUUCCUCUGUGUUCCCUGACUUGCUGUGACUUUGACCUACUUCAACAAUGCACUUGUGCUUUUCUGUGGGUACACUGUUUGGGUGUGUUUGACCAUACAGCCUUAAAUUAGCAACUUGACAUUGAAAUGCUGAUUUACACCUGCAGUCAAAUGGAUAACACAUGCUAAAGACUGAUUGUCAGCAGCUCCAAUACGUUAUCGCUUCAUUCUGUGGCAUUGUCGCUUGCCUUUAUGGGAUUUAAGGACACCAUUGUGUGGCAUUGUUGGUAUGGCUAUGGACACAGCUGUGGGGGGCUGACACUGUGUGUGGACUUUGUCAUCUAUCUAAAAGCUGACACCACUUUCAAAAAUCUCAGUGAAAGUUUGGAUGUUUAAGUGUUGCUGUAUAUUUUAAGACAGCAUUGGAAAUAAAGAAGCUUUUUUGUGGGUGUAAAGAACAGUUAACAUUGAAUAACUUGCUCUUCUGACCUUUUCACCUUAAGGAAGAUUAAUGGUCAUUUAGAUCAGAACUUCCCCCCCAAUCAGGGGUCUGAAUGCUUCAGGGAUUCAGAUGGACAAAGAAAGUCAUUUCGCCUCUAGGUCACCAGCACAGACCUAUGGUGUCUCUUUAGUGACCAUUAGAUGAUUGCUUAUUAGUUUAUGUGCAGGAGUUGGUGGUCAUAAUCCAUUUUCCAAUGGACAGGUCCCUGCCUCGGGAGAGCUGUCACUAUGUGCUUAGCUGAGCAGCGAGAAAAGGGAAUUAACAUGAACAGAACCUGAAUUGUGUUUGCCUUGCACUACUAAAACCUCAGAGCCUCUGUAAUGCUUGUUUCAGUGGAUCAGUCCUUUGCCAGCAUCGUCUUUCCAAGCCAGGAAGGGUUGAAGCUAUGUCAGUGCUACGCCGUGAGCGGUGGCACCUCAGUGUUCGCCCCGGAGGGCUGCAGCCUCUGAUCCCACUUCUGGAGCACGCAGGUCCCGUUCAGACACACUCGCAGUGGGACGACUUGCAUUCCUGGCAGUUGGGACAUCCUGGAAUAGCACGUCCCACAGCCUCCGUGGAGCCAUCUCCCAAGCUUAGCUCCUGGUGUGGUCAAGCUGAUGUACUUCAUACCGACUGUAUUUGUGUCUUAUAUGGAAGUCCUAAAAUUUGGACUACUCAGCUGGUAAAACUGAGCACAAGGCUGGGAGGUAGAUUUUGGCAGUAAAAUAACCGUUUGUGACUUCUCAUGUCAGAAAUGAUACCAUCACCAACUGUAAGGCGCAAUUCAGGGACCUGCACAGCAGAGCUGAGCUAAAAACACCGACCCGCAGAACAAAGGCAGCACAGGGUCGGCCGGUGGGUGCUAAAGGUCCGAGCACGCCCUUCACUGGAGACAUCUGCAUGUGCAUAGCAAACAGGGCAACGGUGGAAAAAAUGGAUGUGUGUGCAGAGAUAUUCAUACAGUUGCUUACAGCUGAGAUGUUGAGCCUGAAUAUAUAGCGUGGUUACGUGCUAGAGAGUAUAAAAAGGUGAAGAGCUGGGACCUAGGAGUCUACCUCUUUUUGGCUGACCAAGUUGAGAGGAUAUAGGAACGUCAGACUUCAGGGGAACAUCUAAGAUGAGAAUAUGCAUUAUACAAAACAUUGUAAAAACCCGAAGGAUGUAGAAUCUAAAACUAUGUCGUUAUUAAAGAGAAUGUGCCAUGUCUA